GUCACUUCUUGUAAUUAAUAUGAAGCUGUGGAUUUCCGCUGUGCAGUGCUGAGGAAGACCACAGCCAGUGGAUGGAGUACCACAUCUUGCUCCAACUUCAGGGCUGGGCUAAUGAUGAUGUCAACGUUGUCAGAAUCCUCGACUUUUUCACCUUCAGGGGUCACAACUGCCUCGUCAUGCAGCUCAUACCGAAAAGACGUCUGUUAAGUGCCAUUGAUUGCACGGCACCCCAGCACAUGGAGAUGACAAUGGUGAAACUCUUCACCAAGUCCAUUCUUAAAUUCCUCAUUCAACUCCAUGCAAAGGGAAUCGUGCAUGGGGACAUCAAGCCGAGGAACAUGUCGAUUAAAGAGCCUGGGGCAGGGACCAUCCGGAUGAUGAGUUUUGAAAACAGCUUUUUGGUGGGACGCCAACAUUCACAGAUUUUUUGUUCCCACGCGUACCUUGCCCCAGAGGCGUACCUGGGCCACAUGUCAUCUUUCCCGGUUGACAUGUGGGGACUGGGUUGUACAGUGGCCGAGUUGGCUACCGGACGCAUCCUCUUUCCGGCCAUCAACAAACACGACCAGCUCCCGUGUUAUAUGGAGACCCUCGGGAUGCCUCCUCAGAAUUUGAUUGAUGGCGCGCCUGGGAGAAACAAGUACUUUGAUGGUUCGGGGAUGCCUUUGAUGUCCGUACAAAGCAGGGUCCCAGGCAGUCACCCCCUCUACCUGGCACUCGGGAGCCAGGACUCGGAGUUCCACGACUUCAUUAGCCGCUGCCUGGAAUGGGAUCCAGCUCUGCGGAUGACACCAGCAGAGGCACUGGCGCACAGCUGGCUGAGGGAUGAGGAAAUUCCGAGGGAUGAGGAAAUUCCGAGGGAUGAGGAAGUGCCGAGGGAUGAGGAAGUGCCGAGUCAGUGUGUCCCUGUUGUGGACACAUCAAUCCACUCAGAGGCAUCCGCCAAGGAGGAGACUAGACAGUGGGGUGAACCCCUGCAGAAAGAGAAGAAGAAGUCACGUCUGGUUCGAGCAUACAGGGCCGUAUGCUCAUUCUUCCGUGGCUUUAAGAAAUGCACCGCAUGCGACCAUAAUGCUCAUCCUGGGCGCGUACACAUUCCACACACCGUAUACACACACGCUCACCUAAGCGAAUACAUGAGCAACUUCCGGUGCUAGCAUCGAUAUCAGAUCCCAUCUCCUGAGUUUUUUACCCCCACACAUUAAGAAUAAAUCCCCUCUUAACGACGGUAAUUGGUUCCAUGAAUACGGUCAUUAAGUAAGUUGGUAAUUAAACAAGUACAGUCGACCCUUAGACAUCGCAGGGGUUAGGGGUGCAGGCCCCGCGAUCUGGAAAAACCAAGUUAAAUGUUUUGGUCCCCUUGGUGAGCGAAGCAAGCACCUCCAGUUACUAAACUUUUUAAGUUAUCUCUAAAUGUUCAGCCUUUGCAUGUCGUCUGCUGGCUUUUGCGUUCUUUUAGCAAACUUAACUUUUUACAAAAUGUAACUUUAAAAAAUAAAUUGUGUAUAUUUAUGGUAUUGAAAGAUACAAUAGAUUAAUAUUAUACAGUACUGUACAUAUAUUUUAUGGAUUUAUGAGUCCCUAAACUUUUUGUGUCGUCUGCUGACCUUCGCGUGUCAUCUGUUGCUUUCGCAAAACUCCCAAAAACUCCCCAAAAAUUCCCAUUUUAUUUCUUAUAACGACCCCGCAAUAUAUUGAAACCGCAAUGGGGAAAGUCGCGAUGCAGAAGGGUCGACUAUAAUUUGGUCAUUAGGCAAGUAUAGGAAAGACAUGUUAAAGGCUAAAUUUGUUUCCAUAGCAUCAAAAGUUACCCCUUUUCCACCCAUAAAACGUACUUUAUAAUGUUAAAAAAAUGUAUAUUAACAAAUAAAGUUACUAACAACAUGAUAAACACAUAAUAUUAGAAGAAACAUGGUUAAUUCAUUAAUAUUCCAUUGUAAUAAAAAAUCAACAAAGUUGCAUGAUAAAGCGAGACGAAUACAGCAAUAUUGUAUAGAGUAAAACACAGUCCGCGAUGACACGCGAGAUGCGUAUGCAGGCUGAACAAUGACUGAGGUGCAUGGGUAGCAUCUAGAUUCGCCUUGCGUGAUCUUAUGCCGAGGCAGCCAUACAACCACUUAUUCCAACUCGCACGGCAUAGUUCUAUUCACUCAAUCGCGUUUAUCCAAUUCUCAUCCGCGUUAUAAAAAUAAUGUGUUCCUUAAUACAAUAUUUGCGUGAUGAAAACAUGCUUUAUAGCAGAACUGACUGUACACACAUACACACUACACACACCAGACACAUGGGACUAGCCCAUUAGUGUAGUUAGCCCUACGCUGGUCCCUGCCAUCCUGGUUUUCAGCUGGGCAGUCCUCAGAGGAUGACCUCGCCACGGUUUCCAGGACAUGGAAGGGCAUAGCUGAACCAGCAUUUGAGAGCUGAGGUGACCUGGUGACAUCACAGGUGAAGCCACAAAGGGCAAGUACCAAGGCCACCUGUUAACAGUUAAGAUUAAUUUUAUUCAUAGUUAUAUAAGUAUCAUUGUUGGUUUAAAAGACGUAAUAAAAA